GGGUACCGUGGUAGAGGACGCAGAAGUCAUAGCCGAAACGGGCUCUAUAAAUAUAUUUUAUUUUUAUUAGAAAAGCAUACCCACAAUAUCUGCCAGCAUGUUUUCCCGCAUUGCUAGACCUGCAGUAAACCUAACCCGAAGCCUAUCCACAUCCUCUCAGAACAAUGCAAAGGUGGCAGUGCUGGGUGCAUCAGGUGGUAUUGGACAACCCCUGUCCCUCCUGCUGAAAAACAGCCCAUUGGUGAGCCAUCUGUCCCUGUACGAUAUUGCCCACACUCCCGGUGUGGCUGCAGACCUCAGUCACAUUGAGACCAGAGCCCAAGUCACAGGUCACAUGGGGCCCGACCAGCUGGGUGCUGCACUGAAAGGCUGUGAAGUUGUCGUCAUCCCUGCUGGCGUCCCAAGGAAACCUGGUAUGACUCGUGAUGAUCUCUUCAACACCAACGCCACCAUCGUUGCCACAUUGGCUGAUGCCUGUGCCCGUAAUUGCCCCGAGGCUAUGAUCUGCAUCAUUUCCAACCCAGUGAACUCUACCGUUCCCAUCACAUCAGAGGUCAUGAAGAAGCAUGGUGUCUACAACCCCAACAGAGUGUUUGGUGUGACAACACUGGACAUCGUCAGAGCAAACGCAUUCAUUGCUGAGCUAAAAGGUCUUGACCCAGCUCGUGUCAACGUUCCAGUUGUUGGAGGUCACGCAGGAAAGACCAUCAUUCCACUCAUCUCCCAGUGCACACCCAAGGUGGAGUUCCCACAGGAUCAGCUUUCUGCUCUGACUGGUCGUAUUCAGGAGGCAGGCACUGAGGUGGUCAAGGCCAAGGCUGGGGCAGGCUCUGCGACUCUGUCCAUGGCUUAUGCUGGUGCCCGAUUCACUUUCUCCCUCCUGGACGCCAUGAAUGGGAAAGAGGGUGUCGUCGAGUGUGCGUACGUCCGGUCAGAAGAAACAGAAUGCAAGUACUUCUCCACACCACUGCUCCUCGGGAAAAACGGCAUUGAGAAGAACCUGGGUCUUGGUAAACUGACAGCCUUUGAGGAGAAGCUGGUUGCUGAUGCCACGGGUGAGCUCAAGGCAUCUAUCAAGAAAGGAGAAGACUUCAUCCAAAACAUGAAGUGAGCUGGUGGCACCAUGUGUAAAAUGUUGUGUUUUACACACAGUUCUGCGGUGGCGCUGUGUGUAAAAUAUUAUUUAUAUAGUUGAGUCAGUAAAUGUCAACAAGAUCUCCGUAAACUCAGUUUUCCAUCAUGCGUGACAAGAGAUGUUACUGGACACAAAAUUGUUUGUUGUCAAUUUUCAUCAAUAAACAAUAUGCUUCACUAACAUGAAAA